AGUAGUGAAAAAAGCGAAAACGGGUAAAAUGAACUUGGAAAGUGCUGUUCACUCUUUAUAAACAAGAAGUAUCGGCCAUGAGCACUCAGGAGAAAUUGGCCAAUAACCCAGUUAAUGGCUGGGUUGUCCAGAAAUUCGGCGGAACGAGUAUUGGAAAAUUCCCAAAUAAAAUCGCAGUCGAUGUUGCCAAAUCUUAUUUAAAAGAAAAACGCGUUGUUUUGGUCUGCUCUGCUCGCAGUACUGACACCAAAGCAGAAGGUACCACGAACCGUCUGAUUCGCGCUGCUGAACAAGCUCUUAAACAGCAUUCAACAUCUUACGAUAUCGUUAAUGCCAUUGAACAGGAUCAUAUACAAGCUACUAGUGACUUUAUCGGAGAUAUCAAUAUUCAAGAAAGAUUGUUUAAAGAAAUUCGUCAUGAUUGUGCCGAAUUGGAGCAGUAUUUGAACGCAAUUCGUGUUCUGACUGAAAUCUCUCCCCGUACACGUGACCUUGUUCUCGGUAUGGGUGAACGCUUGAGUUGUCGUUUUAUGGCUGGUAUCUUGCAAGAUCAAGGCGUCGAUGCCGAGUACGUCGACAUGUGCCAUAUCCUUGAUGAACAUAAAGAGUGGAAAUCCCUUGAUGCAUCUUUCUAUAGCUAUGUCGCCAACCAGUUAGCUAGCAAGGUCACUGUGCUUGGCAACAAAGUUCCUGUUGUGACUGGCUUCUUCGGUAUGGUUCCCGGAAGUUUGUUGUCUCAGAUCGGUCGCGGUUACACUGAUUUCUGCGCUGCUUUAUUAGCCGUCGGUUUGGCUGCCGAUGAAUUGCAAAUUUGGAAAGAAGUCGACGGUAUCUUUACCGCCGACCCUCGAAAAGUACCGACUGCUCGCUUGCUUCCUUUAAUUACUCCCGAAGAGGCUGCUGAAUUGACUUACUAUGGUAGCGAAGUAAUUCAUCCUUUUACCAUGUCUCAAGUCAUCAGUGCCCGCAUUCCCAUUCGCAUCAAAAACGUUGGCAAUCCCGGUGCCCCAGGAACCGUUAUUUUCCCUGAUACAAUCUCUCGUCAUGGCAGUGCUACUCCUCCUCAUCCUCCCAAGGUUAUGCCUGAUGAUUCGGAAUAUGAAUCAGCACGUAAGGGUCCCACUGCUGUCACCAUCAAGGAUACUAUUAUGGUAAUCAAUAUAAAUUCCAAUCGAAAGAUUUCUUCACAUGGAUUUUUGGCCUCUAUCUUUGCCAUUUUUGACAAGUACAAGCUUGCUGUUGAUUUGAUUAUCACCUCUGAGGUCCAUGUCUCUAUGGCUCUGAAUCAAGAGUCAGAUGAAAAUAGCUUACAGGAUGCUUUCGUCGAAUUGCGUCGUUUGGGUACCCUGGAUGUUUUGCGUGGUAUGGCUAUUUUAUCUCUUGUAGGCAAACACAUGCGUAAUUCAGUUGGCAUAUCUGGUCGCAUGUUUAGCACCCUUGCCGAAGCUGAAAUCAACCUUGAAAUGAUUAGUCAAGGUGCCAGUGAGAUUAACAUCUCUUGCGUUAUUGACGAGAAGAAUGCUGUUAAGGCUCUUAACUGCAUCCAUAAGGAUUUGCUCGAACCCUCUACAAUUCCAGAGGUUCCCUCCCAUGCUUCCUUGGUUGUUGAGAAGCCAUGGCUUUACAGUGUUUGAACAAAAAUGGAUUAAAUGGGUGACCUUACAUUAAAUGUUGUUCAUUUCAAGCUUUCUGUUCUUUGAUUAUUUAUUCAUAUCUGCUAUUGCAAUAUUUAGCAUGAAUGUUACGGUUUGAAAUGGAAAGUGUUUUUACAUAGAAUUUAUAGGUUUGAUUUCUUUUUGUUUUAAUGAAAACUUUCUUUUUACAUUUUUUG